AUGGCUAUAAUAAAUGCUGAGGUUGGCCAAUGCACCAGUGCAGGCGCAAAGCUGAUGCGAAAUUUCUUUAAGGCGGCAACGGACCUCUCCGAGUCAUCACAAAAUGAACAGUGCAGUUCAAGAAGCACUGAUCAUGAAGAAUCUAAUGAUGACAUUCAUUCAGCAGCCGUGCCAGCCUCAGAUGAAAUAUUCAGAGGUUACCUCUCUGAUGAGCCAGGUGCCAGUGAUACAGACGACCCAGAGAUAGAGGCCGCCAGGAAGCGAGAUGACAGCACGACAUCCUCGAGGACACGUCCGCGAUCACCUUCAUCCAUGCAUAUCGUCACUCCCCCACCUCGCAAGCAUGCAAAGCGCAAUGUUCCUGCAUGUGUGGUUCGUGCAAAUGCACAGGAAGCACGCCAUAAAGAGCGUGUGAAGGGUUUGAAUGCGAUUGAGAAGCUUGUCAACUCGAAACGAUAUCAGUUUAGUCAUCUGCAUAUGGUUAUUCAUAACAAGCGCAGUGGGACAGAGGCAUCGAAGCUUGCAGCAGAGAGUUAUGGCUUUGCAGCAAACUGGGGUGGGAGACUGGUUCAUGUUUGGGUGUGGAAAUGGCUGGAGAGUCGCGAGCUUCCCGAGUCGAUGAAAGGCAGGCAUGUGAAAUCUUACACCCUACUCGAUGAUCCGAAUACAUGCAUGGAGCUUCGCCCAUUCAUGCGAUCAAACAAGUGGUCCAUGAAUCCUGAGAAGCUGGCUGAAUUCAGCAAGGGUCAGAUGGUUCCUCAGGUCGCUGAACAAUACCUCCGUCAAUUGAAGUACAUGGAACUUGAGUUAUUUUCUCGCAUCCAUCUUAAAGUCAGCAAGGGGAUCUCACUUCGUACAACUCUGUGUUGGCUUCAUCAAGAGGGCUUUCACUAUACUGCUAAUGAUGGAAAAGCGAGAAGCUGGUUGCCCAAAGGAGAACAGCCACUGAAGAAAAAAGGUGUUGGUUGUGGCAUGCACCAGAGCGAUGUCAUCUGCUCGACAUUUGAAUGGCUGGAAGAGGCAAGUCAGAGCCUGGAGUAUGGGAAAGACUAUGAAGGGUAUUGGAACGGUGAGAAAUUCGUUAAGCAGGUAAGCUGUAGUGACUCGGAGAAAAUUAUCCCAGCAUUUGAAAGAAAACACGGCCCUGGAUUUCAAGCAUGUAUAUUCGUCGAUCACUCCCAAGGGCAUUCUGCAUAUGCAGAAGAUGCACUCCUUGUCUCAUGCAUGAACAUGCAGCCUGGUGGUAAACAAGCCCACAUGCGAGAUGGCUGGUUCAUUCGCAAUGAACUCAAUCCUAUUGAGUUUUUCUGGGGUGCUGUCAAAAAAUAUUUGUGCGACAAUUGCGAUUACACAUUCAAGACCCUUCAAGAGAAUCUACCGAACGCACUCACCUCUGUUGAUCUGUAG